AUGGAAGUCAUUGAAAUGAUCCACCGGAACCAGGACAUAUUUUGUCCAAACCAGGUGAAUAACAGCAGGGCUCACUUACCCAUCUCCCUGAACAACGGGGCCCUUCGGCUCUAUCAGAGCGGCACCUCCCUCGUCCUCUGCACCAACUUCAACAUCAGGGUGUACUAUGACUGGAACAACCACCUAAGGGUCACCGUCCCUAAUGACUUCUCCAACAGCCUGUGCGGCCUGUGCGGCAACUAUAACGGCGACCCCUUCGAUGACUUCCGGACCCCGGAUGGGGACCUGGCUCCCAGUGUCACCGCCCUGGGGAAAAGCUGGGCAGUGGAAGAUGAGGAUCAGUUUUGCUGGCAUGAUUGCAUUGGAGGUUGCAGGCCCUAUGCCACCAACGAAGCCAGAAAGUACAAGGGGGAGGCCUCGUGCGGCUUGAUAACCAAAGUCUCAGAUGGGCCCUUCAGCCAGUGCCACAGCAAGGUGGAUCCUACAGUCUACUUUGACAACUGCGUGUAUGACCUGUGCCACAACGACGGCUACCGGAAGGCCCUGUGUGAGGCCCUGAAGGCCUAUGCGGACGCCUGCCAGCUGGAGGGGGUCAGGAUUGGGGAAUGGAGGCAGCUGGCCAGAUGCCCCAUGGAGUGCCCUCUGGAGAACAGCCAGUACCAGCUCUGUGGAACAGCCUGCCCAGCCACGUGUGUGGACCAGUCAGCCCCCAGCAGCUGCCAAGAUCCCUGUGUGGAAAGCUGCCAGUGCAAGGAUGGUUUUGUGCUGAGCCAGGGCAAAUGCAUUCCAAAGGGCGACUGUGGGUGCCUAUUUGAGGGGCACCCCUAUGCCCCCAAUGAGAGUUUCUGGGUCGAUAAAGCAUGUGGGACACGGUGCAUAUGCAAUGCAACCACUAGGCAAGUCGAAUGUGUGGCUGCUAUGUGCAAACAGUCAGAGAGGUGCAGGCUAGUGAACGGCGUACGGGGCUGUUACCCCUCCAGCUACGCCACCUGCUCUGUGACAAGGAAUCUGCACUAUUCCACCUUUGAUGGACAGAGAUACAACUUCCAAGGCACCUGCCUCUACCAGCUCACGGCUCUGUGCGAGAAGGCAGAGGGACUAGUGGACUUUGAAGUCUACUUCCAGGAGAACAAUACUGCUCCUCUACAGAUCAAAGUGUAUCAGACCAACCUCAGGGUCAGCAAUCAAUUCCCUGAGAAAGUCCUGGUGAACAGUUUCCUGAUGAAUCUUCCCUUCAACCUCAUUGAUAAGAAAAUCACUGUGUAUAGAAAUGGCUGGGCCACAGUGAUCCAGACAGACUUUGGCCUCACUGUUACUUUUGCUGCAUGGUCAGGACGCACCACGGUCACUCUGCCAGUCACCUACGCAGAAGCCGUGUGUGCUCCGUCCUGUCCGCUAAACAGUCACUAUGAAUUCUGCAGCAGCAGCUGCGAUCUGACAUGCAGCAACCUCUAUGCCCCGAUGCAAUGCACGACCCAGUGUAAGGAAGGCUGCGUGUGUGACGAGGGCUUUGUUCUCAGUGGCGACCGCUGCGUCUCCAUUUCCCAGUGCGGAUGCCUCCACUGGGGAAUUUACUAUCAGGCUGCAGAGACCUUCCACCCAAGCGGUUCAUGCGAGGAGCAGUGUGUGUGUCAGGCUGGUGGGGAGGUUGUGUGUAAGACAUUUUCCUGUGGUGCUGGUGAGGAAUGCAGGGUGGUGGACGGUGUCCAAAAAUGCCACCCAUUUGGAUCUGCGACCUGUUCUGCCUCUGGCCAUCCCCACUACCUCUCUUUCGAUGGGGUCCCCUUUGACUUCCAAGGCACCUGCACCUAUAUCCUGACCAAGACCUGCACCAAUGCUAGCCACCUUACAUCAUUCACUGUCAGCAUAGAGAAAGAAUCCUGGGGCAACACCUCCAUGGCCAAGCUGGUGUCCAUCCAGGUGUAUGGGAUCACACUCACUCUGCUGCAGAACAAGCAGGGGCUCAUCAAGGUGGACGGGUUAUCCCACAAUCUCCCCUUGAUAAUGGUCAAUGGGCAGCUCCGAGCAUAUCAGCACGGCACUAAUGUCCUGGUGCAAACCGACUUUGGCCUCACUGUGACCUACGACCUGGUUUACCAGGCCAGAGUCAUCAUCCCAGGGAGCUACCAUGGCCAGACGUGUGGCCUGUGUGGGAACUACAAUGGACAGCAGGAUGAGGAGUUCCUGCUCCCCAGUGGCAGGACAGCCCCUGAUGCAGCAGCAUUUGGCUCUGCUUGGGAAGUCCAGAUCCCAGGAGCAUCCUGCACAGACAGAUGUGCUGGAAAGCUAGUGAAUAACAGCAGGGCUCACUUACCCAUCUCCCUGAACAAUGGGGCCCUUCGGCUCUAUCAGAGCGGCACCUCCCUCAUCCUCCGCACCGACUUCAACAUCAGGGUGUACUAUGACUGGAACAACCAUCUGAGGGUCACCAUCCCUAAUGACUUCUCCGACAGCCUGUGCGGCCUGUGCGGCAACUAUAACGGCGACCCCUUUGAUGACUUCCGGACCCCGGAUGGGCACCUGGCUCCCAGUGUUGCUGCCCUGGGGAAAAGCUGGGUGGUGGAAGAUGAGGAUCAGUUUUGCUGGCACGAUUGCAUUGGAGGUUGCAGACCUUGUGCCACCAACAUAGCCAGAAAGUACAAGGAGGAGGCCUUGUGUGGCCUGAUAACCAAGGUCUCAGAUGGGCCCUUCAGCCAGUGCCACAGCAAGGUGGAUCCUACAGUCUACUUGGACAACUGCGUGUAUGAUCUGUGCCACAACGACGGCUACAGAAAGGCCCUGUGUGAGGUCCUGAAGGCCUACGCGGAUGCCUGCCAGCUGGAGGGGGUCAGAAUUGGGGAAUGGAGGCAGCUGGCCAGAUGCCCCAUGGAGUGUCCCCUGGAGAACAGCCAGUACCAGCUCUGUGGAACAGCCUGCCCAGCCACGUGUGUGGACCAGUCAGCCCCCAGAAGCUGCCAAGAGCCCUGCAUGGAAAGCUGCCAGUGCAAGGACGGGUUUGUGCUGAGCCAGGGCAAAUGCAUCCCCAAGGGCAGCUGUGGGUGCCAGUUUGAAGGGCGCCCCUAUGCCUCCAAUGAGAGUUUCUGGGUCGAUGAGGUAUGUGGAACAUGGUGCAUGUGCAACGCAGCCACUAGGCAAGUCGAAUGCAUGGCCGCUACGUGCAAACAAUCAGAGAGGUGCGGGCUAGUGAACGGCGUACGGGGCUGUUACCCCUCCAGCUACGCCACCUGCUCUGUGACAAGGAAUCUGCACUAUGCCACCUUUGAUGGACAGAGAUACGACUUCCAAGGCACCUGCCGCUACCAGCUCACGGCUCUGUGCAGGAAGGCAGAGGAAUUGGUGGACUUUGAAGUCUACUUCCAGGAGAACAAUACCGCUCCUCUACAGAUCAAAGUGUAUCAGACCAACCUCAGGGUCAGCAAUCAAUUCCCUGGGAAAGUCCUGAUGAACGAUUUCCUGAUGAACCUUCCCUUCAACCUCGAUGAAAAGAAAAUCUCUGUGUAUAGAAAGGGCUGGACCACAGUGUUCCAGACAGACUUUGGUCUCACUGUUACCUUUGCCGGGUGGUCAGGACGCAUCACGGUCACUCUGCCAGUCACCUACGCAGGAGCUGUGUGUGGUCUGUGUGGCAACUUCAACAAGGACAGGGAGGAUGACUUUCUCAUGAAGGAUGGCAUGCUGGCACCAAGCCCCGUCAUUUUUGGCCAGAGCUGGAAGGUGGGCGACCUCCCGGGAUGCUCUGCAAUAAUGAUACCACCAUGCACAAGUGUAGAGGCAAUUGAAAAACAACAACGAGGUAGCAGGGAACAGUGUGGGAUCAUCCUAGACAAGAAUGGCCCUUUCAGAGGAUGUCACAGAAAAGUGGACCCCGAUGGAUACUUCGUAGACUGCGUGUACAGCUGUUGUGUCCUCAGUGGGCAGGAGAAUAACAUCUGCCAGGCCAUUGCUGGCUAUACGGAGGCAUCUCCGUCCUGUCCCCCGAAUAGUCACUACGAAUUCUGCAGCAGUAGCUGCGAUCUGACAUGCAGCAACCUCUAUACCCCGGUGCAAUGCAUGACCCAGUGUAAGGAAGGCUGCAUGUGUGAUGAGGGCUUUGUUCUCAGUGGUGACCGCUGCGUCCCCAUUUCCCAGUGCGGAUGCCUCCACAGGGGAAUUUACUACGAGGCUGCGGAGACCUUCCACCCAAGUGGUUCAUGUGAGGAGCAGUGUGUGUGUCAGGCUGGUGGGGAGGUUGCGUGUAAGGCAUUUUCCUGCGGCGCUGGUGAGGAAUGCGGGGUGGUGGAUGGCGUACAGAAAUGCCACCUAUUUGGAUCUGCGACCUGUUCUGCCUCUGGCCAUGUCCACUACCUCUCUUUCGACGGGGUCCCCUUUGACUUCCAAGGCACCUGCACCUACAUCCUGGCCAAGACCUGCACCGAUGCCCGUGACCUUACACCAUUCACCAUCAGUGUAGAGAAAGAAUCCUGGGGCACUCGGAAUGUGUCCGUGGCCAAGCUGGUGUCCAUUCAGGUGUAUGGCAUCACACUCACCCUGCUGCAAAGUAAACAGGGGCUCAUCAUGGUGGACGGGGUGUCCCACAACCUGCCUGUGAUCGUUGCCGAUGGGCAUCUCUGGGCGUAUCAGCACGGCGUGAAUGUCCUGGUGCAAACUGACUUUGGUCUCACCUUGAGCUAUGACCUGGUUUACCAGGCCAGAGUUACAGUCCCGGGUAGCUACCAUGGCCGAAUGUGCGGCCUGUGUGGGAACUACAAAGGGCAGCAAGAUAACAAGUUCCUACUCUCCGAUGGCAGGAUGGCCCAUGACACUGCAUCCUUUGGGUCUGCCUGGGAAGUUCAGAUCCCAGAAGCCUCUUGUACAGAUAAAUGUGCUGGGAACAGCUGUCCGGUCUGCGAGGAAGAGAGGAAAGAUGUCUUCAAAGAGCACAACUACUGCGGGCUGCUUACAGCCCCUGAUGGCCCUUUUGCCACCUGCCAUGACACGAUCAGCCCCAGCGUGUAUUUCAACAACUGCCUGUAUGAUCUGUGCCUGGGCAACGGGGAUGCACAGGUUCUGUGCCAGAGCAUCCACAGCUAUGUAACAGCCUGCCAAGAGGCCGGGGCCCCCAUCCAGCCCUGGAGGAACACCUCCUUCUGCCCUUUGACCUGUCCAGCUAACAGCCACUACGAGAUCUGUGCCGACCUCUGCACCACCACCUGUACUGGAGACAUCAUGGACUGCCCAGAGACCUGUGCUGAAGGCUGCCAGUGUGACAAGGGCUUCUUCUUCGACGGCCAGGGCUGCGAGACUCUGGAGAGCUGCGGGUGCUUCGAGCGUGGGAGAUACUACAAGCCCAGGGAGACCGUCCUGAUGAAAGAAUGCCAGCAGAGCUGCACCUGCGUUUCCACCCGAGGGGUGACCUGCAAAGCGCACAGCUGCACCAGAGAAGAAACUUGCCAGAUCAGAGACGGUAUCAUGGGCUGCAUCAGCAAAGAUCCCUGCAAAACCCUGAAAUGUCGGAUCAAGGAGAGAUGCAAAAUUGAAGAUGGCCAAGAGGCAUGUGUUCCUACCUACACUGGAAUCUGUCUGGGCUCAGGGGAUGCACAGUACCAAACUUUUGAUGGCCUGAAGUUUGACUUGCAGGGCAUUUGCAAGUACACCAUCGCUAAGUACUGUGGCAGUGACCCUACCCUGGAGCCCUUCACCAUUAAUGAGAAGAAUGACAACAGAGGGAACCAGGAAAUCUCCUUUUGGCAGGUGACCAAUAUCUAUGUCUACGGGUACAACAUCUCCAUCUACAAGAGAGAAGUUGGCAAAGUCCGGCUGAACACUGUGAUCACCAGUCUCCCAGUGACGCUGAAAGACGGUAAAAUCAAACUGUACCAGAAAGACCUCAGCACAGUCCUGCAGACGGACUUCGGCCUCCAGAUCUCAUAUGCCAAAAAUUGGCAUAUAGUGAUCACCCUCCCCAGCAGCUAUUAUGGGGCCAUGUGCGGCCUAUGUGGGAACUUCAACCAGAAUCCAGAAGAUGACAUGACAUCAUCCAAUGGCACCAGAGUCUCCUCCAUCAUGGACUGGGCUGACAGUUGGAAAGUCCAAGACCGGGACCCCUUUUGCUGGGAUUAUUGCCAAGAGACUUGCCCGAAGUAUGAUCUGUAUGGGGAUGACAGUCACUGUGGGGUGAUCAGUAAAGCACCGGGAGGGCCCUUCAGAGAAUGUCACUCCAGGGUGAGCGCUGAUGACUUCUUUGACAGCUGCAUCUAUGACAUGUGUCUUAAUGAGGGGGACAAGAGCAUUCUGUGUGAGGCACUGGAGGCCUAUGCAAAUGCCUGCAGGAGGCAUGGGGUCACUGUCGAUGACUGGAGGACGCCGUCCAGUUGUGAAAUCUGCAAAGCCCUGAAAUGCCGGACCAAGGAGACUUGCAAGACAGAGGAUGGCCAUGCGACAUGUGUUCCCGACUAUGUGGGAACUUGCUGGGGGUGGGGGAACCCGCAUUAUCACACCUUUGAUGGCCUGAAGUUUGAUUUCCAGGGCACCUGCACCUACACCAUCGCCAAGUACUGUGGGACUGACCCCACCCUGGAGCCCUUUACCAUCGAUGAGAAGAAUGAUAACAGGGGCAGCCAGGCCAUCUCCUUUCUACGAGUGACCAACAUCUAUGUCUACGGGUACAACAUCUCCAUCUACAAAAGGGAAGUUGGCAAAGUCCGGCUAAAUGGCGUGAUCACCAGUCUCCCAGUGACACUGUCAGAUGGUAAAAUCAGAGUGUACCAGAGUGGCUUCCGCGCCAUCCUGCAGACGGACUUUGGUCUCCAGGUGGCAUACAACUGGGACUGGCAUCUGGUGAUCACCCUCCCCAGCAGCUAUUAUGAGGCCACGUGUGGCCUAUGUGGGAACUUCAACCAGAACCCUGAAGAUGACAUGACAUCAGCCAGCGGCACCAGAGUCUCCUCCAUUGUGGGCUGGGCUGCUAGUUGGAAAGUCCAAGACCAGGAUCCUUUUUGCUGGGAUUCCUGCCAAGAGAACUGCCUGACAUGUGAUGAGAGCACAAGAAAGCUGUACGGGGGCGACAGUCACUGUGGGUUGAUCAGCAAAGCACCAGGAGGGCCCUUCAGAGAGUGUCACUCCAGAGUGAACUCCAGUGAGUUCUUUGAUAGAUGCAUCUAUGACGUGUGUCUGAACAGGGGCGCUACGAGAAUCUUGUGCCAGGCACUGGAGGCUUACGCAGCAACCUGCAGAGACCAGGGGGCCACCGUCUAUGACUGGAGGAUGCCAUCUGGCUGUGCCCUGCCCUGCCCUGAGAACAGCCACUACGAGGCCUGUGGGAACGCCUGCCCAGCCAGCUGUUCUGACCGAACUGCCCCCUCCUUCUGCCGGGAGCCCUGCGUGGAGACCUGCCAGUGUAAUGAUGGUUACGUCCUCAGCACUGACAAGUGUGUCCCUGUGGCGAGCUGUGGCUGUGACUACAACGGCCGCUACUACAAACCCAGUGAGGAGUUCUGGGAUGAUGAGAACUGCAGCUCUCGGUGCAGGUGUGACCCCAUCCUGGGCACAGUGGUUUGCAGGAAGACCAGUUGCAAGGCCAAAGAAAGAUGCUCCGUGGUCAGUGGGAUCCGUGGAUGCCAUGCAAUCAACUACUCCACCUGCAUAGGUACUGGAGACCCUCACUACACCACCUUUGAUGGGAAAAAGUAUGAUUUUAUGGGCACCUGCAUCUACCAGUUCGCAGCUCUCUGCUCUGAGGACCCCACACUCACCCCAUUCAAUGUCAAAGUGGAGAACAACAACCGAGGCAGCAAGGCCGUGUCCUUCACCAAAACAGUGACCUUAGAGGUCUACAACGUGACCAUCAGCCUGAGCCAGGAGCAUCCACGCAAGAUCCAGGUCAAUGGUGUCUUUGUGGACCUGCCCUUCUCCCAUCAGCACAAGUUCAAGGCCUACAUCAGUGGAGUCCAUGGCUUUAUCAAGACUGAUUUUGACCUGAGAGUGAGCUUUGACUGGUACAGCUAUGCCAGGGUCAUCAUACCCAAUACGUACGCCAACGCAGUCUGCGGCCUCUGUGGCAAUGCCAAUCAGGACCCCAGUGACGAUCUGACCUUGAAGAAUGGAACUCAGACAUCUGAUGAGAUUCAGUUCGCCGACAGCUGGAAGGUGGGGGAGGUCCCAGGGUGCUCGUCUAGCUGCAACGGGGACUGCUCAGUCUGCAGUGAGGCUCAGAAACAACCCUAUAAGGGAGACCAGUACUGCGGGGUCCUCACCCAACAGAACGGGCCAUUCAGACAGUGCCAUGGGGCCAUCGACCCAGCUCCCUUCUUUGAUGAUUGUAUCUAUGACACCUGCCAAUACAAGGGUCACCAGGACACACUGUGCACCGCAAUCAGCUCCUACGCCACAUCCUGCCAGGCCAGGGGCAUCUGGAUAGGGCAGUGGAGAUCUGCCUCAUUCUGUAGACUGACCUGCCCCCUUAACUCUCACUACGAACUCUGUGGAACCAGCUGUCCUUCCAACUGCAACGACCUGUGGGCUCUAGAUCGGUGUGAGGAGCCCUGUGCUGAAGGGUGUUUCUGUGAUGCUGGAUUCACCCUGAGUGGUGACAAGUGCAUCCCAGUUGCGCAAUGUGGCUGUGUGCACCAGGCCAUGUAUUACAAGAAGGGAGAGGAGUUCUACCCCAGCGCCUCCUGCCAGGAACGCUGCCUGUGCAAAGACAAUGGGGUCGUUGAGUGCCAGGAAGCCUCCUGUGGAGCCAAUGAGGAGUGCAGGGUGGAGAACGGAGUCCUGGGCUGCCAUGCCACAGGAUAUGGAACAUGCAUCACAUCUGGUGGAUCUCACUACAUCUCCUUUGAUGGACGGGCCUUUGACUUCCAGGGCUCCUGCACGUACACCUUAGCCAAGGUCUGCAGCAGAGACUCUGGACUGGGAAACUUCUCCGUGGUGGUGGAGAAUGAGAGCCCUGGCAGUGGCCACAUGGCUGCGACAAGGACAGUGGUGGUGUCCCUGCAUGAUUACACCAUCACUAUGGAGAGGGGGAGGAAGUGGACAGUUGUGGUGGGUGGUGAGCUCUACACCCUGCCACUGACUACGGACGAUGGGAAACUUUGGAUCAACCAAGAGGGGAACAACAUCAUUGUCCAAUCAGCCUCUGGCCUUGAAGUCUUUUACGACACUGCCUCCAACCUCCUACUGUCCGUCCCCAGCACUUAUAAGGGACAUGUGUGCGGCUUGUGUGGCAACUUUAACGAUGACAAGAGUGAUGAUUUCCUGCUUCCCGGUGUGAAGAGUACCCAGAAUGUGGAUGAAUUUGUCGUCUUCUGGAAGGUGCCUGUUGAGGAUGCCAUAUGCUCUGGUGGCUGUGGUGAGAAGUGCCCCAUCUGUGAUGCAGCCCAGACAGCACUGUACCAGACUGAGAGCUCCUGUGGGCUCAUCACAGCCAACUCGGGUCCCUUCAGAAACUGUCACUCGAUAGUCAGUCCUGUUGAGUACUUCAACCACUGUCUCUAUGACAUGUGUGCCACCAACGGAAGGGGAGAGACCCUCUGCCAGAGCCUGCAGGCCUAUGUGGCUGUGUGCCAGGCAGCUGGGGCCAAGAUUGAGACCUGGAGAACGGCCUCCUUCUGCCCCCUUGCCUGCCUGGCUAACAGCCACUACGAGCUGUGUACCAGAUCCUGCAGUUUCACCUGUGCCAGCUUGUUUGCCCCUGCCCAGUGCUCCGGGAACUGCUUUGAAGGCUGCUGGUGUAAUCCAGAAUACGUGUCCGAUGGGGAGACAUGCGUCUCCAUGGACAGGUGUGGCUGUGUGCACAACGGGCGCUACAUCAAGGUGGGUGCUGGCUUUGUCUCCAGCAACUGUUCCGAGAAAUGCACCUGCCACGCUUCAGGCAAGGUCAUCUGUGAGGAAACAAACUGUUCCAAAGAAGAGAAAUGCAUGCUCAGGAAUGGAGUGCGCAGCUGCGUGAAGCAGCUAGGCCGGUGCACACUGGCCCCAGGAAUAUGGUUCACCUCCUUUGAUAGUGUCGAGAGGGAAGUCCUUCUUGAAGGGCCCUACGAGGUGUCUUCUCUCUGCGAAGGGGUCGACCUCCCCUUGUUCCGGAUGGUGGUCAAUGUGUUCAGAGAUGGUGGCAUGGCCGUUCCUGAUGGC